AUGUCCCCACCACUUAAGCUUUCCUUCAACGAUGAGCAGCGGCUCCGCGAGGUCACAUUUACAUGGACUAAAGCUUGGGAUACAAAGGAUCUAGCUGCAUUCUUGUCAAUUGCGGCACCUAAAGUGAUUGCAGACUAUACUGAAUUAUUCUCUGGUGGUCACGUCGUUCAAACUGAUCCAGAAACACUCUUCAAAGGUCUUUUCAACGAGUUCAGCUUAGGCCAUCCUAAUUUAAAAACACAACAUCUCCUUGGCGCCGCAAGAUUCACGCGCAUCGACGGAUCAAAAGCCAUAGGCGAGUGGCAAGUGAGAGCCAAUCAUGUGAAAAAACAUCAAGAUGGGCAAUUGUCAAUCUGGGAUUCGAGCGCGUAUGCGAAGCUCACUUACGUCAUCGUUAACGGCGAAUGGAAGCUUCACGCUUGGAAGCCUCAUUCUGUAUCAUGCGAGAUUGGGUCAUAUAAGGAAACAAUCGCGAAGUUGUAG